CAGUGACGUGUUGCGGCCUCUCUUUUUUGGUGUCGUCGAGUUUAGAGGGCUAUUCUUUUUUGAGGCGGCUUCUACUACUCCCCCCCGUUUCAUUUUUUUUCCUCCGUUAACACUCGUUCCGGUACCGGCCUGUUUCCUGUCUCCCUUACGUUCGGGCAUCUUUUUUAUGAAUAAUCAAAAGCAACAAAAACCAACGCUAUCUGGCCAGCGUUUUAAAACACGAAAAAGAGAUGAAAAGGAGAGGUUUGACCCUACGCAAUUCCAAGACUGCAUCAUUCAAGGCUUAAAUGAAACUGGAAACGAUUUGGAAGCAGUAGCAAAGUUUCUGGAUGCCUCUGGAGCAAAGCUUGACUAUCGCCGUUAUGCAGAAACGCUCUUUGACAUCCUGGUGGCUGGCGGGAUGUUGGCCCCAGGUGGAACUCUUGCAGAUGACGUGAUUCGUACUGACGUCUGUGUAUUUACAGCACAGGAAGAUCUAGAAACCAUGCAGGCAUUUGCUCAGGUUUUUAACAAGUUGAUAAGACGUUACAAGUACCUGGAGAAAGGUUUUGAGGAAGAAGUUAAAAAGCUGCUACUGUUUCUGAAAGGUUUUUCAGAGUCUGAGAGGAAUAAGCUGGCCAUGCUCACUGGUAUUCUUUUGGCUAACGGGAAUCUUUCGGCAUCAAUCCUCAACAGUCUUUACAACGAGAACUUGGUCAAAGAGGGUGUUUCUGCAGCGUUUGCAGUAAAGCUAUUUAAAUCAUGGCUUAAUGAAAAGGAUAUCAAUGCUGUUGCUGGUAGUCUUCGCAAAGUCAACAUGGAUAACAGAUUAAUGGAACUAUUUCCUGCCAACAAACAAAGUAUUGAACAUUUCACAAAAUACUUUACUGAUGCAGGAUUAAAAGAGCUCUCAGAAUAUGUAAGGAAUCAGCAGACAAUCGGGGCACGUAAGGAGCUUCAAAAAGAGCUGCAAGAGAUGAUGUCACACGGCGAGCCUCUUAAAGAGAUUAGCAUGUAUGUAAAGGAGGAAAUGAAGAAAAAUAACAUACUGGAGCAGACUGUGAUUGGCAUCUUAUGGUCCAGUGUAAUGAGUUGUGUGGAAUGGAACAAAAAGGAGGAGCUAGUUACAGAGCAAGCAAUCAAGCAUUUGAAGCAAUACAGUCCUCUACUUGCUGCCUUUACUACACAAGGUCAUUCAGAACUGACUUUGUUGUUAAAAAUUCAGGAGUAUUGUUAUGACAACAUUCACUUCAUGAAGUCCUUCCAGAAAAUUGUGGUGCUCUUUUAUAAAGCUGAGGUUUUGAGCGAAGAGCCCAUUUUGAAAUGGUAUAAAGAUGCACAUCUUGCAAAAGGGAAAAGUGUGUUUCUGGAUCAAAUGAAAAAAUUUGUUGAAUGGCUUAAGAAUGCUGAAGAAGAGUCUGAAUCGGAGACAGAAGAAGUUGAUUAAAUUAUCAUGGUGUUGUCAGUAAGGAAAACACAGGAGCUUUAGAUAAGCUGUCAUAACUCAUUGUGUCCUUAUGAUUCUUGCAUCCUACCUCUUGUAUCAAGCAUGAAAUAAGGGCUUUCAUUUUAUUUCAUUUUUUUAUGUACUCCAUUACCAGUAAAGUUGGUUUUAAAGCCAUGUUUUAAGUAUAAGCUGUCAAUCAUUUAUCUUCUGCCUCCUGUAUCUUCUACUGUAAUGUAACUUAAAGCUUGUCAGAAUAACUUUUUAUUUUUUUUCCGAUUGAAAAAAAUAAAAAAGCGUAAUCACUGAUUUGGUAUGUUGACACCAACCUGCAAAUUAAACAUCCUGUUUGAAGGAAAA